GAUGUAGCUCUCUGCAUCUCAAAAACUGUAUUUUUCACACGUAAUGUGCUGCUGUAAGUUCCACCAUAACAAACACCUGCGGUUGUAGCAGCACCAGCGGGUCCUCGGGGUUCGGCUCCAUCUCCUCCACGCUGCUGCUGGUAGGACUCUAACCAGCCUGUGCUUUCACCCCCCACGGUCCUCCCAGGUGGUCCGUCAGAGCGCUGGUUCGAUGCCCAACACGUCCGAGGGUCCGGCAUCGGGACCGAGCCCCCCCGCCCCGGCGGAGUCGGCGGGGCUGCAGGGGCUGCAGGGGCUCCCCGAUGGGGAGGCGGGCUCCCUGGCCCGGGAGGCUGGGCGGGGGAGACGGGCUUCCAGCGCCGAGCUGCAGCUGCAGGGCCAGCAGGGCCAGGUUCAGGGCCAGGGCUGCCCGGUGCAGCACUCCCGGGAGAAGUUCUACACCGUCUGCUCCGACUACGCGCUGCUCAACCAGGCUCCCUGCCUGCACAGCCCGGCCCGGAGCACCGGGGCCGGGCCCUCGCCGGCCAGGGGCCCCGGCCCCGACCCGGGGGCCGACUGUGACAUGGAGGAGCUGACCUCCGGCAGCACCGAGCCCAUCCUGGCCUGGGAGAUCGAUACUGCCGACUUUAAAGCCGUGUUCACCCGGAGAAUCAGAACCAGCAACGGGAAGAAGGGCGGCGUGAAGAAGAUGAGGUCCACAGACAGACCCAGGAGGAACCUGCAGGAUGUCCCCGCUCCUGGUUCCCUGGAGGAUAUCAAACAGAGGAAAGUGCUCGACCUCAGGAGAUGGUACUGCAUCAGUCGGCCGCAGUACAAGAUGUCCUGUGGAAUCUCCUCCCUGGUGUCUUGCUGGAACUUCUUGUACAGCUCUCUGGGUGCAGGCAGUCUUCCACCCAUCUCUCAGGAGGAAGCUCUGCAUGUUUUAGGGUUUCAGCCGCCUUUUGAGGAAAUCAAGUUCGGGCCCUUCACCGGGAACACUACGCUGAUGCGAUGGUUCAGGCAAAUCAACGACCAUUUCCGAGUGCGAGGAUGCUCCUACAUUCUGUACAAACCCCACGGGAAGAACAAGACGGCCGGGGAAACGGCUGAAGGAGCUCUGCUGAAGCUUACACAGGGGCUGAAGGACGAGUCCAUGGCGUACAUAUACCACUGUCAGAACCACUACUUCUGCCCCGUGGGCUUCGAGGCCACGCCGCUCAAACCGGCCAAGGCUUACAGGGUCGCUCUCCCCACCAAUGAAACAGAGUACUGGAUCAUGAUUGGUGAACCCAGCAGAAAGCAUCCAGCUAUUCACUGUAAAAAGUGGAUGGACAUUGUGACUGACCUGAACACGCAAAACCCAGAAUACCUGGAUAUUCGCCACACCGAGAGGGGGAUUCAACGCCGCAAAACCAAGAAGGUGGGCGGCAACCUGCACUGCAUCAUGGCUUUCCAGAGGGUGUACUGGCAGAAGCUCGGCCCCUGGGCGCUGAAUCUGGAGAACCUACGCCACGACUGCCACCACUCCGGCUCGGAGCGGGCACACGGGAGCGAAGACGCCGAGGAGAGAACGUCGUCCAAGCAGCUCGGCCACCUGGGGCGCUCUCACAGUCUGGGGAGUCAGAAAGACAGCAACUGGAGACGCCUGUCCAACACCCCGGAGUACCGGCAGAGGGGCUCCCCCGACAGCGACCGCGAGGACGACAUCACAGAAUGAGCGGGAGACCUUCAUAGCACACUCUCAGUGCAGAAGUGAUGCAUUUCAGUAGGCAAAAAAAAUCCUAUUUUGGUAAAUACUUCUUCAACUGCAGCUGCAGGAUAGUGUAGAGAGAGAGAAAAAUGUACUGAUAGUAAGGGGAAGAUGGAACAUCAUCAGCGCCAGUGACUUCCCUGCUUUUAAGCCAGCCGGUCGGUGUCUCCUAGUUUCUCCUGCUGCUGGGCGUCAUCAUAUCUGAAACAUUGUACUUGUCUCAUGCUCUCCAGAAACACGGGUCUCGUAAUGGAAACCAUGUUCCUUUGGUUUGCUCUAAUCUCAGAUCCCUACGGGCAGAUUGAGUGCAGGUGCUGAGAUACAGAUCAGUCCUCGUCGGCAUCCACGCUAGUCGUGCUGGGAAGGAUUUCCACCCACAAAGAUGCCUUCACAAAUGAAUUUUUCACCAUCGCUUCGAGUGCAUUAACUAGUGUUGUCAGAUUUAUUGUCUCCCCUUUCACGGGCAGAUGAAAGCUUUUACACUGACGGGGGAUCAGGGCCAGUCUAAAUGUUUUUUUUCCAUCAUUCUCUGGGAACAACCAUUUAAUGGAACAACGCCUCCCAGCAGCGUUGGUUCUGUGUAACUGUAUGAGAGCGUUGUGUGUACAAUUUUAAGGUGAGGCUGCAGCAGGUUGCUUUUAUAAUCUCUCUCUGCAAACGUAGGCAGCUGCAGUGUUAAUUAAUGCAGAAAUUAGACACAUAAUGGCCGAUUUUUUUAGGGUCAAACUCGCAGACGUAGUGAGUGCAAUAAAAUUAAAGGCUCGAUUUUUAUCCGCUGCAGCUCAGUGAGAGGAGACUUCUGCAGGAGAAAUAUCUCCGCUUUGGGGAGAUUGGUAUGUUUGGACUUUUGCAUGUGAAGAACUUACAUUGAGUUUGUUGAAAAGGGUCAGAAUGAAAACAACAAGUUUUCUGUAUUUACAAGCUCAUCCCUUUAAGAGAAGUCUGCAGGUGAAUAAACAGGUACGCACACUGACGCCGUCAGCUCAUGCAACAGCUGCUAAGUACUUAAACAAGUUUAAAAACAAUCAAAUAGUUGAAUAAACCCAUCCUAAGGAUUUAUUUCAUCCAUCGCUGCAGUUUGUGUACCAAGAGAGGAAGUUAAGCUGCUCUUACAUGUUAAAGCCAGACGACAUGAUUUUAAUUCUCCUCGUCCAUUACUUGCGUGCACAAACAAACUCCUGAGUUUAUCACGUCACCUUAAACUCCCUGCAGUAUUCCAAAGCACAUGAUGUGCAGCUGCUGCUGCCUAGAGACGCACACCGCCUGUACAUUCACGCCUCCAGUUGUGGCGGUUCCUCCUUUUGUUCGGUGGUUUGUUUUGUGGAAAUGCCGUCCAGUUGAAGUGUUGUGAAAGCAGCCGACUCUCUGUUGUGCUUUGUGACUCCUCCGGUUCCAGUUGUAUAGACGAUCCUAGUUGUUUUUAAGUGACGGGACUGUACAUACAUGACACCUUUUACACUUUGACAGUGUGAACCGGAGAAAUUAAGAUUCCGUGUUGAUUUUACCGACAUAAGCUUCUUUCUUUGCAUCUUUGUAGAAUCGUUUGUCUUUGUUCCAACUGUGACUGUACAGACCUUCUAAAGUGGGUUUGGUGUCGUUGUUUAAGCAUUUACUUAUUUAUUUAUUUAUUUAAUAAAAUACAUUUUUACA